AUGCGCUCACUUAAUACGGGUUUUGAUGAGAUGUCUGCACUGACAACUGAUUUCGGUUUUGAUAUUUUCGGCGUCACAGAGUCUUGGCUUAGUCCAAGUACCCCCUCUGACCAUUACGAGAUACCUGGUUACACUCUCCUGAGAGCUGACCGAGCAGUUGGCACUGGAGGUGGCGUCGCUCUCUACAUUAAACAGGGGAUGGUCUUUGAGCGGAUCCAAAUAACGAGUGUUGAUCCAGGCAUAGAACUGAUUUCCUUGAUACUCAAGAUUAGAGGGGUUAAACUCUGUGUAGCCGUAGUGUACAGACCACCGCAUAAUGUUAAAUGGGAAGCAGCCAAAGAUAUGAAUAAUACGGAGGACAUAAACGCUUUUGUAACCUCCAAGAUCAUAGAUAUUUAUGAUGCACAGGCACCUCUUGUUACAAAAAGAGUGACAAAGAAAAAAGCCCCCUGGAGAAAUGAGGAAGUGAUCAUGUUAACAAAAUUGAAGAAUAAACUAAGGAGCAAAUUUGCAAAGAGUAGGCAGGAGUUUGAGUGGACGGAGUAUAAAAAAGCGAGAAAUAGAUUGAAUGGGGCUAUAAGAAACGCAAAAAAGAACUUCUUCGCAGAUAAACUGGCAGACUGUAAGGAUCCAAGAGCUUUUUGGAGGUGUCUGAAGCAAAGCGAUAUUGUUGGUAAAAAGAAUAAUAAUCUCCCCCCAAAAGCAUUUAAGGUCAGUGAAAUGAAUGAGUACUUUGUAAAUAUGGGAUCAUUCUAUCAAGUGAACGAAGAUCUGAUAAGUUCAUACAACCAAGAGAUAUACAAUGGCGAAAAAAAGAGUUUUGAAUUCAAAGAAGUAUCAGAGUAUGAAGUAAGAUCGGUAAUAAAUGAAAUAACCUCUAGAGCCGUUGGAGUGGACAAGUUAAGCAUUGCAAUGAUAAAAGCCGUCAGUCCAUAUGCCAUCGAAGCUAUAACUCACUUAAUGAAUACGUCAUUGAAAAAAGGGUUCAGAAAGAACCACAGCACUUGCACUGCAUUGCUGAAUAUGUUUGCAGAUGUUUUUGGGUCGAGGGACGCCGGCAGGUGUAGCUCUAUAAUCAUGCUUGAUUAUUCGCAGGCAUUUGAUUCCAUAAGCCAUAGUUUGCUCCUUGCGAAAUUGAAGCACUUCGGCUUCCAUGAGAGUGCAAUUGUCUGGUUCAAGUCUUACUUGGAAAAAAGACUGCAGGUGACGAAGCUGGGUACCGAUAUCUCACCUCCCCUUGAGAAAUUAAGGGGAGUGCCGCAGGGGAGCUGUCUGGGGCCCAUUUUGUUCACCCUUUACACUGCAGAUCUGUCCAACUGUGUAAGUCACUGCAAGGUGCAUGCCUAUGCUGAUGACUGUCAAUUGCAUUUUUCUUAUGAGUCAGAUUCCAUUAACCAAGUUUUCGCAGGGGUAAACUCUGAUCUGGAGAGAAUAGAUGAUUGGUCACGGAAGCAUGGUCUCAAGUUGAACGCUGAAAAAUGCAUGAUUCUUCAUAUUGCCCCGCCAACUGUCUGUCAAAAAAUCCUGCUUGGAGAUAUGCACGUUAAACUUGGUGACAAAAUGUUGAUGGUGAGUGAUACUGUCAAGACUUUGGGAGUGGUGCUUGACAGGGGCCUCACAUUCUCAGAUCACAUCACUCAUGUUUCCCAGUUGGCUUUAGGAAGGCUGCGAGGUCUGUACAGGUACCGAUCAAUACUGCCAGAAUCUGCUAAGCUGCAGCUGGUCCAGUCAUUAGUUUUGUCAGUGCUCUAUUACUGUUUUCCUGCAUACGGGCAACAGCAUUACCAGGGAGGAAAUGUCCCGAUUGCAGAGGCUGCAGAACACCGCAGUGCGCUUCGUUUACAACAUUCGUAG